ACGAAUGUUGAUCCGCCCACGCGCACAUCCCGGAAACGGAAAUAUCAGCAAAAUGAAGUAUUAUUCGAAAAUCUGAACUGGGAAUUAUAAAUCUGUAUGUUUCUGCCGUUCCCGGAGGCCAGGUCGACGAAAAUCUGUUUUUGUCAAUUGUUUACAGUGUACCUCUCAGAAACAUGAAUGACUUUGCAGUUCUCAACACCGGACGAAAAAUGCCCCUCCUUGGCCUAGGAACGUGGAAGAGUGAGCCUGGAAAGGUGAAACAGGCAGUGAUUUGGGCCUUGCAGUCUGGGUAUCGUCAUAUUGACUGUGCUGCCAUCUACGGCAACGAGGUUGAAAUCGGAGAGGCUCUACAGGAGACACUUGGGCCUGACAAAGGGCUUAGGAGAGAGGAUGUGUUCAUCACCUCCAAGCUAUGGAACACACAGCAUCACCCUGAAGAUGUGGAGCCCUCUCUGCUAAAGACCCUGAAAGACCUGAGGCUGGAAUACCUGGAUCUCUACCUCAUCCACUGGCCCCACGCUUUCCAACGAGGUGAUGUACCGUUCCCUAAGAAGGAGGAUGGAAGCAUGCUGUAUGACGAAAUUGACUACAAACUGACGUGGGUUGCCAUGGAGAAGCUGGUCGAAAAGGGUCUAGUCAGAGCCAUUGGUCUCUCAAACUUCAACAGCCGACAAAUCGACGAUGUUCUCUCGAUUGCCAGCAUCAAACCCACCGUGCUGCAGGUGGAGGGACAUCCAUACCUGGCUCAGGUGGACUUGCUAGCACAUUGUCGAGACCGAGGCCUCGUGAUGACGGCUUACAGCCCUCUGGGCUCUCCAGAUCGAACAUGGAAGCAUCCGGAUGAACCUGUCCUGUUAGAUGAGCCAAUCAUUGCCGCUCUGGCCAAGAAAUACAACAAGUCCCCUGCGCAAAUCAUUCUAAGGUGGCAAGCCCAGCGAGGAGUGGGAACAAUCCCUAAAAGUGUAACAGAAUCCCGUAUCAAAGAGAAUAUCACGGUGUUUGACUUUUCCCUCGAGGCAGAGGAGAUGAAAAGUAUAGUGGAACUGAACAAAGGCUGGCGUUACAUUGUUCCCACUAUCACGGUUGAUGGGAAGCCUGUUCCCAGGGAUGCAGGACAUCCACACUACCCAUUUAACGACCCCUAUUGACAUCUCACACUGCCAUUCCCGCCUGUGCCUUGGGAAACGCUCCCUCAACACGCUCCAAGAUGGUUGAAUUUUCUAAAGACUUCAUCUUUUUCAUGGAUCCUGAACAUUGAUCUGACAGGACUGAAAGUCUCUGGAAAUGGGAAUGUUCAUAGGUGACGUGUCAGAUGAUUAGUCAUAGAUUAGUAAACAAGAGCAUGAUUGAGACAUCACAUACUCAUCCUUAAUAAAAGUUUUCAUAAACGCCUCA